CCCGGCUGGGCCCUGCCCCUGGGCUGUCACUCUCGGCCUCGCGAUGUCCCGCCGGAAGCCUGCCUCUGGCAUUGCUGGUGCAGCCGGCCCCGCCUCUGCAAGACAAGCGGUUUUGAGCAGAUUCUUCCACUCUUCAGGAAGCCUGAAAUCCACCUCCUCUCCCGCCGGCGCAGCCGACAAGGCGGACCCCGACUCUGACUCCGCAGCGCCCCUAGCGUCCUCUUUCCCGCCUCAGUUGCCGCCACAAUUGGUUGCAGAAGCUGACAGAAGUAAAAAGAGACCACUGGAGAAUGAUGGGCCUGUUAAAAAGAAAGCAAAGAAAGUCCAAGAAAAGGAAGGAGGAAGUGAUUCAGUAAUGUCUGAGAUCCCUGAGCCAAAGAAAUGUCUGAGGACCAAGAUUGUUUUAAAGUCUCUGGAAAAAUUGAAAGAAUUCUGCCGCGAUUCUGCCCUUCCUCAAAAUAGAGCCCAGACAGAGCCUCUUAAGGAGAGAUUUGCAGUUCUACCAAAGUGUACUGAUUUUGACGAUAUCAGUCAUCUGCGUGCAAAGAAUGCAGUUUCUUCUGAAGAUUCCAAAUCUAAAACUAGUCGAAAGGAUAAGACACUUUUUGAUCUCAGCCAUUCUGGAGCAUCAUCACCUGGGAGUUAUGAAAACUUACAGAAGACUUCUGAUUCUAAGCCAUCUAACAAACGGACCAAGAGCAUCUACACGCCGUUAGAAUUACAAUACAUGGAAAUGAAGCAGCAGCAGAAAGAUGCCAUUUUGUGUGUGGAAUGUGGAUAUAAGUAUAGAUUCUUUGGGGAAGAUGCAGAGAUUGCAGCCCGGGAGCUCAAUAUUUAUUGCCAUUUAGAUCACAACUUUAUGACGGCAAGCAUACCCACCCACAGACUGUUUGUUCAUGUCCGCCGCCUUGUGGCAAAGGGGUAUAAGGUGGGAGUUGUGAAGCAAACUGAAACAGCAGCGUUAAAGGCCAUUGGGGACAACAAAAGUUCUCUCUUUUCCCGGAAAUUGACUGCUCUUUAUACGAAAUCUACACUUAUUGGAGAAGAUGUGAAUCCUCUAGUCAAGCUAGAUGAUGCUGUAAAUGUCGAUGAGAUAACGACUGAUACUUCUACAAGCUAUCUUCUGUGUAUCUGUGAAAAUAAGGAAAAUGUUAAAGACAAAAAAAAGGGGAACAUUUUCAUUGGAAUCGUGGGAGUGCUGCCUGCCACAGGUGAGGUUGUGUUUGAUAGUUUCCAGGACUCUGCUUCCCGUUCAGAGCUGGAAACUCGGAUAUUGAGCCUACAGCCUGUGGAGCUGCUGCUUCCAUCAGACUUGUCGGAGCAAACAGAGAUGCUCAUCCAGAGAGCCACGGCUGUUAGUGUGCGGGAUGACAGAAUUCGAGUAGAAAGGAUGGAUAACACGUAUUUUGAAUACAGUCAUGCUUUCCAGGUGGUUACAGAGUUUUAUGCAAAAGAUGUAGUUGACAUCAAAGGUUCUCAAAGUUUUUCUGGCAUCAUUAACUUGGAAAAGCCUGUGAUUUGUUCUUUGGCUGCCAUAAUAAGAUACCUCAAAGAUUUUAACUUGGAAAAGGUGCUUUCCAAACCCAAGAAUUUUAAACAGUUGUCUGGUGAAAUGGAAUUUAUGACAAUUAAUGGAACAACAUUAAGGAAUCUUGAAAUCCUACAGAAUCAGACUGAUAUGAAAACCAAAGGAAGUUUACUUUGGGUUUUAGACCAUACUAAAACUUCAUUUGGGAGACGGAAGUUAAAGAAAUGGGUGACCCAGCCACUCCUUAAAUUAAGGGAAAUAAAUGCUCGACUUGAUGCUGUAUCUGAGGUUCUCUAUUCAGAAUCCAGUGUGUUUGGUCAGAUAGAAAAUCAUCUCCGUAAAUUGCCCGACAUAGAGAGAGGACUCUGUAGCAUUUACCACAAAAAGUGUUCUACCCAAGAGUUCUUCUUGAUUGUCAAAACCCUGUAUCACCUGAAGUCGGAAUUUCAAGCAUUGAUACCUGCUGUUAAUACCCAAGUUCACUCUGACUUGCUCCGGACAUUUAUUUUAGAAAUUCCUGAACUUCUCAGUCCGGUGGAGCGUUACUUAAAGAUACUUAAUGAGCAAGCUGCCAAAAUUGGGGAUAAAACUGAAUUAUUCAAAGACCUUUCAGACUUCCCUUUAAUAAAACAGAGGAAGGAUGAAAUUCAAGAAGUUACUGACAAGAUCCAAAUACAUUUGCAAGAAAUACGAAAAAUAAUAAAAAAUCCUUCUGCACAGUAUGUGACAGUAUCAGGACAAGAGUUUCUGAUUGAAAUAAAGAAUUCUGCUAUAUCUUGUAUACCAACUGAUUGGGUUAAGGUUGGAAGCACAAAAGCUGUGAGCCGCUUUCAUUCUCCUUUUGUUGUAGAAAAUUACCCGCAUCUGAAUCAGCUCCGGGAGCAGCUGGUCCUUGACUGCAGUGCGGAAUGGCUUGAGUUUCUAGAGAAUUUCAGUGAACAUUAUCACUCCUUGUGUAAAGCAGUACAUCACCUAGCAACUGUUGACUGCAUUUUCUCCCUGGCCAAGGUCGCUAAGCAAGGAGACUACUGCAGACCAACUCUACAAGAAGAAAGGAAAAUCGUAAUAAAAAGUGGCCGGCACCCUGUGAUUGACGUGUUGCUGGGAGAACAGGAUCAGUAUGUUCCCAAUAGUACAAAUUUAUCAGGAGACUCAGAGAGAGUAAUGAUAAUUACUGGACCAAACAUGGGUGGAAAGAGCUCCUACAUAAAACAAGUUGCAUUGAUUACUAUCAUGGCUCAGAUUGGCUCCUAUGUUCCUGCAGAGGAAGCAACACUUGGAAUUGUGGAUGGCAUUUUCACGAGGAUGGGUGCUGCAGAUAAUAUAUAUAAAGGGCGGAGUACAUUUAUGGAAGAACUGACUGACACAGCAGAAAUAAUAAGAAAAGCAACGUCACAGUCCCUGGUUAUCUUGGAUGAAUUAGGAAGAGGGACGAGCACACAUGAUGGAAUUGCCAUUGCUUAUGCUACACUUGAGCAUUUUAUUAGAGAUGUGAAAUGCUUAACCCUGUUUGUCACCCAUUAUCCGCCAGUUUGUGAAUUAGAAAGAAGUUAUUCACAGCAGGUGGGGAAUUACCACAUGGGAUUCUUGGUCAACGAGGAUGAAAGCAAACCAGAUCCAGGUGUAGGCGAAGAAGUCCCUGAUUUUGUCACUUUUCUUUAUCAAAUAACCAGAGGAAUUGCAGCAAGGAGUUAUGGACUAAAUGUGGCUAAACUAGCAGAUGUUCCUGGAGAAAUUUUAAAGAAAGCAGCUAGCAAGUCCAAAGAACUGGAAGGAUUAGUCAAUAUGAAAAGGAAAAGGCUAAAGUGUUUUGCGAAGUUAUGGACGAUAAAUGAUGCAGAAGCCCUGGAAAAGUGGACAGACGAGUUUGAAACAGAAGAAAUUACAGACUUCUCUUCCUGAUUAAAAUGAAGACUACAUUUUUUAACAAAAAUAGAGAAUUAAAAAUAUCAACUGUACAAAACUCUCCAGUAACGACCCAUCUUUGUGUGAUGUGAGCGUAAACCGUGACCCUGGUAAUGCCUGUUGGAAACAGAGAGGCUUCUGUGUAGAAAGCCUGUUUCAGGUUCUUGUCAUCCUGACUUUUAAAAGUAUGAACGCUUUUGAAUACUGAGACUUCUCUUAUGUAAUUAGAAAAUUUCAUGGACGGUAAGCUGCACAUAAAAUCAAAAACAUCUAAAUAAAGCCUAAAGUGGUAAAAUACAGUUAAUAAACUUUUAAAGAAUGAUAUAAAAAUUAAUUCAUAUUUUUAUUUGUUUCAGUUUAGAUAAUCUGCAACUGGGUGAAAUGUCUGGCAGGAAUAUACCUUUUAAUUUGAACUAAAAUAAUUUUAUAAUGGCACCAGUUUAUUCACUAUGAGCAUAAGAAUUUUUGGUAAGAAAUAGAAAGAAUUAUCAAGCUUUUAGAAAUAGAGCACAGAAAGAAUAAGAUCAUAUGAAAUUUGAAAAGUUAAAUAUUGUCAUAGUUUUAAGCAACUUAACCAUUGUUGGAUGAAAUUGUCAUUCAUUCAAGUAGUAAACAUUUAAUGAAUACUUGCUAUAAAUUACAAUUUUUCCUGUUGAAUUUUGGGAUUUUCAACUAUCUGGCAAUUAUUACUUUUUAGGGUUAAUUAUGGAACCAAGAUUCCGCUCCUACAAAAUACACGGAAUCGAGCUUAUUCAUUUUGGACCUUUCUAUUAACCAGUGUAGCAAGUGUGCGAUCUCCCCACUAUUGGACCUUACAGUGUUGUUGACUCAUAAUAGCGCUCCCUCCCUGCCUGUUUAGGGUGACACGUGCUAGGCCAUUCUCUGAGUUUCUUACAGCACUGGCUUCUCAUAUCUGUGUGCUUUUUGUUUCUAAAUAUAUGAUCUUGCAUGAAGGCUCUCCAUCCAGUUUCCCACCCAUUUAUUAUUCUUGCUCAGUUAAGUGUCUUCCCUGCAUUUGAUGGACAUAUUUCUAAUUCCUUCUGUAGAUUAUUUCCUCAGUGGCCCUCACAGUGACCGCUGGACACAGGAGUCAACAUAGUCUCCCCAUGCUGAUGAAGAGUGCUUGGACACUUCACUGUGGA